AGCAGCAGCCGCCGCCGCCCGCCCUGCCCCAUGGCCACCCCGGCGGCGGCGGGGCCCGGCGCCGCGCUGCCCCCGGGCGCGGCGCGCCGCGACUUCUACUGGCUGCGCUCCUUCAUCGCCGGAGGUGUUGCAGGAUGUUGUGCCAAAACAACUAUUGCACCACUGGAUCGAGUAAAGAUUUUGCUGCAAGCUCAUAACCACCAUUACAAACAUCUAGGAGUGUUUUCUACGUUGCGUGCAGUCCCGAAAAAGGAGGGUUACCUUGGGCUAUAUAAAGGAAAUGGGGCAAUGAUGAUUAGAAUCUUUCCCUAUGGUGCAAUUCAAUUUAUGGCAUUUGACCAAUACAAAAAGGUAAUAAAGAAGCAACUUGGGAUUUCAGGGCAUGUACAUCAAUUAAUGGCUGGAUCUAUGGCAGGUAUUACAGCAGUGAUUUGUACUUACCCUCUUGAUAUGGUUAGAGUUCGUCUGGCGUUCCAAGUAAAAGGGGAACACAAGUACAUGGGAAUUAUCCAUGCAUUCAAGAUGAUUUACACAAAGGAAGGUGGUUUUCCUGGGUUCUACAGAGGUCUGAUGCCAACAGUUGUAGGAAUGGCUCCAUAUGCAGGUUUUUCAUUUUUUACCUUUGGUACCUUAAAGAGCAUUGGACUUGCUCAAGCACCUAACUUGCUUGGACGGCCUUCAUUAGAUAAUCCUGAUGUCUUAGUUUUGAAAACGCAUGUAAAUCUGCUGUGUGGUGGCAUAGCUGGAGCGAUAGCUCAGACAAUAUCAUAUCCACUUGAUGUAACUCGUAGGCGAAUGCAGUUAGGAGCAGUUCUCCCAGACUCUGACAAGUGCCUUACAAUGGUGCAGACACUGAAAUACGUGUAUCAACAACAUGGAAUAAGAAGAGGAUUAUACCGUGGUUUAUCUUUAAAUUACAUUCGUUGUAUUCCUUCGCAGGCUGUGGCUUUUACCACAUAUGAACUUAUGAAACAAUUCUUGCACCUCAAUUGAAAUAUUUUUUAAACUUUACUGUAAAACUACACUAUCUGUCUUCAAACUAUAUUUGUGAGUAAAUUACUUGAAAUUUUAAAACUAUCUGUUACUGUGGAACUGCUGUUGUCUAACAACUUAAUUUUAUUUGCCAAAACAUGGUUAAUUUUCUGGAAUCAAACCAGGACACAGAUCAAAAUGAACAGUAGUUAGCUAUAAACAUUUUUUUGCACUUGAUCUUGUAAGCUUCCUUAGAUUAAUGUUAAGAAUUACACAGUUUUACAAUUAUGCCCAGAUUUUAUAUGGGUUUUAAGCUGUUAGUUAUUUAGCUUUAUCACCAUUCCAGGAAUUAUACUCGUGGUUAUAUUGCUUUUUAAGCUAGUAGUUAGGCAUCUAUUCUUUAAAAAUUAAUUUGAAUAAGCUGAUUUGAAUAAUACAUAAUUUUCAAAUCCAAAUAAUUGUCAGUCUUGUAGAAGCUGAAUUCAGUAGACGACAAUUUAAGCAUCUUUUCAUUUUUUUUGUACAAGUUUUCUGUACGUAAGAACAAUGCAUUUAUCUUCAGAUGGGUACAUUUGAAAGUCGUUUCAACCAUUUCAAUAGAUAAUGACAAUGAGAUGUAUUUAACGUUAUUAGCAGUCUUGCAAUUAGGAAAUCAGUUUCUUUGUGCACUCCCUAAUCUAAAAAAAAUCUGUAUCUAUCUACACAAAUAAAAACAGGACUGGGGCAAUAUUAGUUUUACUACAACAAGUGUUAGAAGAAGUCUGUUAAACAGAGUUAGUAUGAGCCUGCCCUUGCAAGGCCUUUAUGUACCUUUUAAGUACUUAUGGUGCUGAAUAUUCUCAAAUCAGUUUACUGAAAGCUGAGAAUAUUAUGUACUUUCCACUACUGGCUCCUACAAACAGGUUUGUCCUAACUUAAAACAUGGUGACAAACAUGACUGCAUGCUGCUGCGUUUACUUAUUUGGGCAUAUGGAUAACAGUCAACCUCUUGACCCCCCCCCCCAAAAAAAAAAAAAAAAAGGAAAAAGAAAAAGAAAAAAGAAAAUGAAGAUUGGAUUGUAUUGGAGUCUGUAGAUGUGUGUAUGUACUGUCUCUAUGAUAUGCAAUAGAUUAUUACACUUUCUCCUGCAAUUUCUUUUGUAAAGGAAUUACUUUGCAGACUUGUUAUAUAUACACACAUAUAUAUAUAUAUAUAAUUUGCAUAGGUACUCUUGUGUUCACUUGAUUCAGGAAACUGUAAAGCAUUUACUUCAAGUGAUGUAAGUUAUUUAUUUAUUGUAAAUAUUUUAGCAGUGUCCUUUAAGAUUUGGUAAUGGUCAUGUUAAUUAAACUGGUGGUUGGUAAGAUCAAUUUGCUUAAUUCUGACAAAUUUGACAAACUAGACUUUGAAUUGUAUAUUCAGAAAUUCUUGUGGCUUAUUUUUUCCCAUUUUCUUAAAAGUAUAUAUUUCUUUGAUAUUUAACAAUAUAGUUACAGAAAAUGAGAUAUAUUUGAAUUUAUUUUAUUAAAAACCUUGAAGUAAUAUCUGUGUGUGAUUUAUAAGUGUUGCAGACCAAAAAAAAAAAAAGCAUGCUUCUGGAAUUAUCUGUAUGUUUCCCCAUGUAGGUAAACUUGCAUAAAACUGUCAUUCUUAAUUAAAAGAGACAACAAUUCAGCUCUUGGUCUGAUCUUUAGUUUCCUUUGAAGGAAAAUUAUUAUCACAGUGAACGUUUAUCAUUAAAAGUCCUUAUGGGAGGGUUAAACCCACUAUUUAGAGAUGAGAGAUGUGCCAUUUUUAUUUCUUCGUUGUUUUAUGCUACAAACAAAAUAACUGACUUGUCAAUUUUUUUCAUCAUUUCUGAAACUCAAUUGCCUGUCGUUUUAAUACUGUUAUGGAUGUUUUUUCUGCAGAAAGGAGAAAUGUUCAAGGAGGGAGAAAGCAGUAAAAACUGUCCCCAAAACAAUCAAGUAGAAUACUGAAUGUAAGAAGUAGAACUACUGUAUGAAACAGUAUUGUAUUUUCAGCAUUAGUUUUUUUUCGGAACAGAAUUUAUUUUUUUAACAAAAAAACAAAACCAGAAGUAUUGGAAUACUUCAGAAAGGCUUAUGAAAGAAACAUACUUGUGCUCAGGGGCUAGUUUGGAGAAGACUUGAGCUUCCUUCUAAGUUUUUGGGAAGAUAUUUCCAAAAUUUUCUGAAAGGGUUAGCUAUUCUUACUCAGUUAAAACGCAGAAUUUAUUAUGAAUAUCUGACUGCUAUAGGCAGGAGAGAGAAACAUGGAAACCUAGUUGUCUGCCCUAUUGUUUUUUCACCAUAGCCCUACAAAAAUUGCUUUUCAUUCUGAACCAUUUUUUUUCCCAACAUCUUUCUUGUCUGUCUUUUCUAUUUCUAGCAUAUUGAAUUGACAAAUCUUAUUUUCAGUCAAUGGAAAGUAAAAUAAAGCAGACUCCAGCCAAACUCACUUCUUUACAUGUCUUGCACUUUUAAAUUAUUCAUUUUUUAAUUUAAUUUUUAACAAAUAGAAAUUCUGUAGAACGUUUGAAUUUUUGUUAUUCAACUUACUAUUAUUAAGUUUAAUUCUGAGAGUGAGGUCUCCAUAAAUUCAUGAUAGUGAGAAGAACACACCUGAAUCCUGGAAUUUUAGUUGUAUUUUUUUAACUGCUGUCAGUUAUGCUUUUAUAUACAUCAGCAGAGGCUAUAUUUUCAAGAGUAGACUUUUAAGACUUUCAAGAGUAGCUUGACUUCAGGUGCAUGUUUCAUGUUUAAAAUACAUACCUAUAUAUACCCAUACACACAUAGUUGCAUCUAUUCUAGCCCAUGGUUUUCUGUAUAUGUAUGAUUAGCAUUUGAAACAAAAUUGCAGAGUUUUUAAUUGCUGUUAGACAUGCACAUUUUUCAUUUGUCAAGCUGUUUGAUACAAAUUAAUCUUAAAUUUAAGUUGUUUGUUCUUUGGGAAGUGAAGUUACCUUGUUAACUACCCUCUUACAACUUUAAAAAGUUAUGGUUGAUCAAUAACUUAAUUUUAAGGGAACCAGAGAUCUUUGAAUUACAGAUGUAUUUUCAAACUACACUGACAAAUGUUUUAUGGUAUUAUUAGUUAGCAAUAACUUACAUGUUUUUACAGCUCCUUUCUAGAAACUUUAAAAGCUAUUACAAACUGGUGGUUAGGUAGGUUCUUUAUUGCUUUAGUUAGUUCAAAAUGAUUUUGAAGAUUUUUUUUUUCCUUGUGGAUAAAGUUAGUAUCUUUUAGUAAACUUCCAGGAUAAUUCCAAGGUUUUACAGUUUUCUUUUUUAUUGUUUGCUUGACAGCAAAAUAAUAGAUCACAACCCUAAAUGACAGUUCUACUGAAUGAAGAGGUCAGAAUAUCCAGAAGUUGUUGCUUUUGUUUCUUAAAAAUCCAUAUCAUAAUCUCAUAAUUGCUAGUUCUACCCAGUGGAAAAAUAUGUGUGUGUAUAUAGAUAUAUAUUUGAGAAUUAAUGUAACCUUCAAUAAUAUUUUUAACUGUGUUGUACCAGCUAUUUCCAAUGCUUUUUUACAUAAAGAGAGAGCCUCAGCUUUACAGGAUUCUUUCAGCUGACACAUGAUCCCGUACAGGUUAAUCUAUGGUAUGUCUUGAAAAUCUCAAUUUAUAUGGGUUCUGUUUCCAGUGAUUAAACAUUGUGUCUUUAAAACAA